UGUAGGCAGACGAGAGGAAGGGAGAGGGCGAGUGGAGUAACAUGCUGCAUAAUCAGCACAGUUUUGGAGCUUUUCACAUGAUCAGCUGUUUGGUGAAAAGGAAGGAAAAAACACAAAUCACCUUCCAGGAAUAUACACGGAUUCUACUGCAUGUUUACCAAUGAGACGCAGGUUCUGCAGCGGCUGGUUGUUCUGGUAUUGUGCCAUGGCUUAGCAUCAGGCCAGAGGCCCUCACAUUACUUCCUGGUGCAACAACCGAUGUCCUGGAUCACAGCCCGGAAGUUUUGUCAGAGGCACUAUGUGGACCUCGCUGUCCUGAGCACACAGGAGCAAUACUUCACUCUCCUCAAUGCCACAGCUGCAAACAAAGUCAGCUUCUGGCUCGGUCUGCAGCGCCAGAGUGUCUUCAGUGACUGGAAGUGGGUGAACGGGGAAGAGCUGCGCUACCAACACUGGUUCAGGAGAAACUACGAAGGCCGCUGUGCAAGUUUAGAGGCCAUGUUGAAGAAAGAUAAGAAGCUGCUGGCUCGCUACUGUAAAGAACCACACAUGGUGGUCUGUCAGGGUCCAGUUUCCCCACAGUCAGUCACAGUGGACUCGGUGGGUUCCUGUCAUGUGAAUCUCAGCUGGAACGUCUCUGCCUUUAUGCAGAUGACACCACACUCUUACAAUGUGACCAUAUGCAGCAGCACGUGUCAUACGCUCCUUCAAAACAACACCAACGGCUCUGCCUUCAUGAACGUCAACAUCUCCAACCUAACUUCAGCCACUGACCACUUUAUAGAAGUUUCUGCUUUUAUUGUUCGGUCUGACAGUUCUACAGGUGGGAUUGUGAUCCUUCAAAAUAAACCCACGACUGUACAAGUCAAAACAGCUGACUCUUGCGAGCAGCACAAAAUUAUUCUUAUCGUGUUUGUGUUGCUCAUGUCGGUGGCUGCUUCUCUGUGGAUAUUUUAUUGUGUCAUGAAAACAGAUUAUGAAGAAUCACCGGUGGAGCUCUCAGGUGUGGAAGUAGUGCGAAGCGUUCAGAAAACCAGGGGAGUCAGCUAACAGGGAGAAGAAAAGAAAUUCUUGACCUCAAAGACCGAGAAAAGCUAUAUAGUCUAUUAGUACCUUUGUUCAGAAUGUCAUGAUUUGUUUACAAAUGUAUGAAAUGAAAUAUCCUGAAGAAAGCGAAUAUAUAUCAAAAGUAAACAAGUGAGUUUUGGGGUCUAAAAAUGUCCAGAAAUGGACACAGCUGGUCAGUUUAAGGAAAACAAGUGUUUGAGAAUCUGACCAGACUUAGAAAUGUGCCGUUGUGUCAUCAUAGCUCAUGCUUCACUUUCCUGCUGCUGCAUCACAAUAUUCACUUGCAAACAGGAAUGAAACGACGACUAUUAGCCAAGAUGUGUUAAUGUCACAGGAAGAUGAGGAUUGUUUGCAUUUUUAUUACACUAACACCCUAGUUUCUGUAUUUAUCAUCCAGUUAGAGCUGGUUUCUGCGCUGCUUUCGUUCAUAUAUGUUUUUAUGAGUUAACACUAAUGUAACACUUAGUGCAGCUGCUGCAUAGUCAGAAACUUUUAGCACCAACUUUGCUGUGCAAAGUUCCUGUUGAAAGUUCUGCCUGUUGCCCUAUUACAUUGGUCUCAGUUUAAAUCUGAAUAUUUGAGUCUGUUUUAUGUUUUUUCAGUUGUUCACAUUGAAUCCCAUAAAUGAGGAAAUGAAGUUAAAACUCUAAGACCUUAGGCUAUGAUAUGAUGAAAAUAAACAGGCAUUUGUUUUUAUUAUGAGCUUAUCAUUAGCUAAAUAGAUUUUUUUUAAUUAAAAAAGCUACUACUAUUCAGAAGAGAAUAUGUGGCUGUAGGUGGAUGGUUUGUUAAAUUAGAGAUACAUAUGUGAAGGAUGUCUCUAGACAUUAAGACCAAUGAAAAUACAGCCUACAUACACUGACACUGUUUGGACACUAUCCAAAACAGGAAAGAUAGCAGGAAGAAUAAUCUCUGGAUUUUUAGGGCAUCUUUGUGUCAUAUUAAUUCUUUAUUGUCCUAUCCCUUUCUUCACUAAAGCUGCCCGACCUGCUUCUGUUUCUUAUAUUGUCUUUUCUGAGAUAAUGUGUCAUCCUUGAAGUAUCAGCAUGGAGCAAUGAAGCAAAGCAUCACAUGGGUGAUUGCGGUGUCCAUUUUACAGCAGGUUUAUUUCUAGAUGACAGCAUCACGCAAGCUAGAUUUUGAGGCCCUGCUUAAUAUUACAGCACAAUACAAAGGUAGCUAGAAAUAUAUCAGCUUAAAGUAGUUUUAUUGUUAAACUCGAAAAGGCGGUGUGUUUGCAACUUCAUAUGACUGCAGCUGAGAAUGAAUGAAACUUAUGUGGAUUCUGAAUCAGCAGCAAGGAAGAAAUUGCAAAAUAUUAAGUGUUAAAUUGUAGUUCUCUUCGUUUUGUUUUAUUUUUUAUUUUUAGUAUUAUUUUUCUAUGCACAUAACAGAAGGGUUAUCCUGUUUGUUUCUUUUAAAAUGCACAAGGUCCGUGCAAUCUAAUCUACUGUUCCUGGCCAGAAGUUAAAAUAUGGAUGAGCAUCAACUCUGUUAAAGUAAAAAUCCAAAAUAUCUCAAUGUGGUAGCAGAUUUUAAAAGUACUAGUCACAUUGUGAAAAUGCAGCUAAUUAAAGUAUUUGAUAUUA